CCGGGCGGCGAUGAGCUCGGAGCGGGGGAACGUGUCGCGCACGCGGCCCCAGCGCCACCAGAACGCGCGCGCCUUCAAGAACGACAAGUACGACACCAGCGCCCGGCGAAAGAAAAUAAAUGCUAAGCUUCAUGAUGGAGUGUGUCAGCAUUGCAAAGGUAUCUUGGAGUGGCGAGUAAAAUUCAGAAAGUACAAACUACUGACAAAACCUAAAAAAUGUGUGAAGUGCCUCCAGAAGACUGUAAAAGAUCCUUAUCAUAUCAUUUGUCGACCAUGUGCUGGUAAACUAGAAAUUUGUGCUAAGUGUGGGAAACAAGAAGAAAUAGUAAUUCCGAUUGAUAAAGGACAAGACAGAACUGAGAGUGAGACUUCUAAAAAUGGCCAGGAGACCAGUAAAUUGAAGGAUGAGCUGGAUUUCGAUACAAAUUUCAGUAGUGCAGACAGUGAUGAAGAUUCUGAUGUGCUUGAAGAACAAUUAAAAAGGUUAUUUUAUAUCAUCUUCCAACAGCCACAGCUCUGUGGAUGUUCCUUGCCAUCGUGAGAGCUGAUACAGCCUCUGACUGUCAGCAACAAGAUACUACUCCAGGUUAUUCCCAGUAGAAGGAACAGAAUCAAUGCCAGAACCGUAAAACAAACUGCUCUGCUUUGUGGGUCCUCCUUGAGGUUGGACUGCACGGGCUUCAUCAGACACAGGGGAAGCUGGUAGAUCAGCUUCUCAGAAACAACAACCCCAUAACACCCCCACUACUAAAACCCUGCCAUGAAAACCCAACACAAAGUGGUAAUGCUUGUGAGAUGUGUGUGGAAUGAAAUAAAGCCGUGGGUCUUGUGAGAAAAGAUGAAAAGGCCCUACAAUGUAUUUUUAUAGUACUGGAGAAAGGUGGAAUAAUCCCAAGCCUUCUGUAUCCAAGGAAAAACAAGCCCCAUGAAACCAGACAACUUCUAUUCUUUUAAGCAACAGCAGAUUUACUAUUGCCUACAUGACAAAGAUUUUUUAAAUCUCUCUGAAAAUAGCUAAUAUCUCAUUCUCCAAAGAAAAUAACUCUUUAAGUUGCAGCUUAGUCUUUCUGACAAUGAGUUAGUGAUGGAACCUUCCAGAAUGGAACAAGCUUGUACCUGCAUUAAUUAGAGAAAAGUCAUAAUACAAUCUUUAUGUUAUAAAACUUAUGCUUUAAAAAGAUUACAAGAAAUUUGUCUAGAGAAUGUCUAGAAAGACUAAAAAGCUACUGCCAUAAUCUACCCAUUUUAGGAAAUUGUUACCUUAAGGUUUAAGCCAUCACAAAACUGUGCAGUGACCAGAACCUCUGAGCUAUGAUUUUUUACUGUGUUUCAGCAGGAAGUUUUCCUCAAUUUCCAGUUUUUGUACUAUUAACUGCUAUAGUUACUCUGUAACUAUAUGAGUUGCAUUUGGGUAUUAGUAGUUCUGAAACUAUGACUUCUCCUUUCAAGAAAGAAUUGCAUUUUGGGUCACCACAUCUAACUAGUUGCUUCUUUCUCAUCCUCAUGAUUGCACCUAAGGUCUACAGGACCAAGUACAGGUAGAGGCUGUCUAUGUUACUUCAAAAAAAUCACAUCAUACACACUCCCCCCAAAAAA